ACUUUAAUACUUGUCAGUCAUUUGGGUAAAUCGGGGGUUUUUAUAAUUGCUCGCAAUUGAAACAACUGCAGGUUUUACCUUUUGAAAAAAAAAACGCGUAGUUUGUUUAAAAUUAUAUCAUAUUGAAAGUAUAAUCGUUGUUGUUUUUAUCCAUUAAUGUGUAGUUUUUAUUAAGCUCGGCGAUGACGAUUUAAUAUUAAUAAUAAAGUCUAUCGUCGUCUAGACGUCUGUCGUUAUGUAGUUUUUGUCGUUACCUCAACACAAACCACAUAUUAUUAUAAUAUAUAUAGUUACUGGACGUAAUAAUAUUAUUGAAUUAUAUUAUUAAAAGAGGUUUUGGGAUUUUCGUAUUUGACAUCGUCAAAAACACAAGUGUGCGAAAUGUGCAGCGCACCGUCUUUGGUCAAAGUGUUGUGGGGAAAUGUGAAAUGCGGACUGUUGCCCGAACUGUGUGCGAAUCGUGUGAGCAGUGCCGGCACCGGCAAAAAGCAGCCUCCCGUUCGCGUGACGGUGAUCGAGGGCCAGGGCGCAGGGCCGGUGGUGUGCGCGGCGGUGAGGAAAAUUUUCAAAGCGGCCCAGGUGCCGGUGGAAUGGGACUACCAGACGCUGAGCGUGUACCGCGACCAGAAGACCAACCGGAUGACCGUCAAUCCCCAGCUGCUCAGUUCCGCGGACGAGACGGGACUCGUGCUGUGCGCCAGGGACUCGGCAGUGGGGCACAACGACUCGGAAUGGUCGGGCUCGUUGGCGCUCAACAAGGCGCUCAACGCGUUUGUCGGCGUGCGCAAGUUCAAUUCCGCCGUCGGCCACGAGCCGUACGGCCCCGUCAACGUGAUAAACAUCCGGGACAACGUGAGCGGCGAAUACUCUGAAAUCGAGCACAUCGUCUCCCCGGGCGUCGUGCAGUCCAUCAAGACGGUGUCGAAGAAAAGCUCCACGGACGUGGCCAAGUUGGCGUUCGACUACGCCUGCAAGUACGGCCACUCCCGGAUCACGGUACUUCACAAGGCGGACGUGAUGAUGCUCACUGACGGCAUGUUCUUGAGGGCCUGCCGAGAGGUGAGCGCCUGCUUCCCGGAUGUGGAAUACCAAGAGGAGAAACUCGACUCGUUCUGCCUUCAAGUGACCUCUAAUCCCGGCCGGUACGACGUGCUGCUCACGACCAGCCUUUAUGGCGCGGUGGCCAGUGCUGUGUGCGGCACGAUGUCAGGUGGCCUGGCUACGGUGCCGACGGUUGCAUACGGGCCAAAGGCGACCGUGUUCAGCACCAUGAGUGACUACGGUUACAGCCACUACGGUCAUAGUGAUGGCGGUGCUAGGAUUGUCAACAAAAUGGUUUGCGGCCGUCAACCGAUCAUCAACCCGACGGGCAUCAUUAGAGCAGCCGCGUGGAUGUUAGAUCACGCUGGCAUGGUGGUCGCUGGGCGCUGCAUUGCUACGGCCCUGGAAAACACUAUCCGGCUUGGCGUCCGUACCCAGGAUAUGGGUGGCAACGUGUCCUGCUCGCAAUUUACCGAUGCCGUUAUCAAGAACCUGGAGGACUUGAAGCCCGUCGGUGGUUAGGAGAGUGUAGCCGGUCAGAUUUGAAACCCACGAUAUAAAAAUUUAAACUUGUUAAAUUCCAUUUGACAAAAAAAAGUGUAAA